AUGUCUACUACUACCAACGGCACAGCCCAUUCUUGGACAUCACUGCCCAAAGCAAUGUCCAAGUCAGUCUCCUCUUUGCAAAAGACACUCGACAACGACGCACAAUGGCAAGCGUUCAUCGACACCAACGCCAUCGUCGAACCUGUCACGAUGGGCGUGCAAUCGGUAGGGAGCGAAGAAACCAUUCUGGUCCACAUCACUUCUGGCUCCAAAACCACCACAUCCACCGGCCCAGGUUCAAAGGCGGAUUUUGUUCUUUGUGCCCAACCUCAACAGUGGGAGAAAUUCUUUGCCGCCGACCCAAAGGCACCAUAUACUAGCUUCGUAGGACUUCAGGGCAUGAAUAUCGUCCAGGAAGGCGUCGGUGUGCAAGGAGACAAAGUCAAAUUCGCCCAGUACGGCCAUCUAGCGACUCGUCUUCUCGAAUUGCUACGCGAAGGUCAACACGGCCCUCUCCCGACCGACCACCAACCCGAGACCGACGAGGACCACAUUACCGGUCGGUACAUCUACAUCGACGCACCUGUCUGGGGUCGGUCAAAGGUAUUUUACGAGACGUCCGGCACCGGCCCUCAACAGAUUGUGUUCCUGCACACGGCCGGAAGUGACAGUCGCCAGUAUCAUGGUGUGAUGAAUGAUUCACGCAUGCGAGAACAGUGUACGAUGAUUGCAUUCGAUUUACCGGCUCACGGAAGAAGUUUUCCUGGUAGUAAUCACAUCCCAGGAAACCACACCAACAACGAAGAAGCGUACGUCGGUACGAUCCGAGAGGUCAUCAAGACCCUCAAGCUCGACAAGCCCAUCGUCUGCGGAGCGAGCAUGGCGGGACAAGUGUGUGUCGCCGUGGCCAUUCGAGCGGAGGAAGUCGGCGCGGGCGGCACCAUCCCCCUCCAAGGGUGUGACUACCUCACCAUGGACCGACAGUUCAACGACAAAUCUCCCGUGGUGAAUCAAGCCUUGUUCAAUCCCGAUUGGAUUUACGGCAUGAUGGCACCAAAAAGUCCUUUGGUAAAUAAACAAUUGAUAUGGCACAUGUACUCCGGUCAGGCGUACGGCAUCUUCCACGGCGACCUGGACUUCUACUUUGGCGGUUUCGACGCCCGUGACCGCGUGGCGCAGAUCGACGUCUCCAAGUGUCCCAUCUUCUUCCUCACGGGGGAGUACGACUGGAGCACGACCCCCCGGAUGAGCGAAGCCACAGCCCAAAAGAUAAAGGGGGCCAAUUUCAAGGCCAUGAAGGGCUUGGGUCAUUUCCCCGCCACCGAGGAUCCGGCCAAGUUUAUCCCAUACCUCAUCGAAGCUAUUGAAUGGAUCCAAAAGACACGACAAUCUUAG